UUUGCACUUGUCACCGCUUCCGGUAAACAUGGCGACGGAUUCGAACCCAGGCAUCCCAGAGUACGAACCAGGCGAUGGAAAUACCAGAACUUUCCACAUCGACGCGUUCAGAAAGGAGUGGCUGAGCAGACUACAGCCGUCUGACUACUCUUACACGCCGCAGGAUGAAAACGCCUUUCACGCCCACUUUGCCCAUGAGUUGGGGGUGAGCGUGGACAUGAUGCGGGAACUCAAAGAGACAUGCAACACAGCGGCACUGAAUUGCUAUCCCGAAGACCAGCGCCCUGACCCCGAAGUCGUACCUGAAGACUCCACGCUGAAAACCCUCAUUGAAAGGAAGAAGUAUCAAGACCACAAAUUGUCCCUUAAAAUCUCCAAGAACAGACACGAGCUCUAUGCAGAUGAGCAGGAGCGAUCGUCCGUCGCAUGGGAACCAGAGGCGUUAGAAAAUCUGGUCUCCGAAGGAGACGUCAUUCUGACCAUCAACGUCUACUACCCAGCUAUUUUUGAAAAAUUUGUCUAUGUCAGACCCCACGUGACGCUACUGGUGCUAGGAUCCCAAAGCCUGGUAGAGCUCAGGGACGCCAUCUGUUGCGCCAGCGACUUGCAGGUGUGCGGCGAGUUCAGCAACACGCCCGAAAUGGCGCAGGACUUCAUCAGCAAAGACCACUACAAGUCGGCCUUCUUUUUCUUUGAAGGAGUGUUUUACAACGACAUGCGAUAUCCUGAGUGUUGUGAUAUCAGCAGGACGACGAUCAAGUGGGCAAAGGACAACAACUUUCCGCCGUACCAAAAGGCCAAGAUGGAGGACACAAAGUUUGUAGAUCUGAAGGUUAAAGUGGGCUUCCCUUAUCUCUACAAUCACCAAGGGGACUGCGAGCAUGUCGUCAUCAUCAGUGACGUCAGGCUGACUCACAAAGACGACUGCCUGGACAGGAAGUUGUACCCGCUCUUGACGCACAAGCACCGGGUCGCGGUGCAGAAGUGUGCUGUUUGCUACACCUUCAUCGCAAGGUGGUGCACCACCGGUGACCAGUUUGCUCCCAGUAACCCGUGUCUGUUUUGUAACAAAUGUUUCCGCAUGCUGCACUACGACAAGGACGGAAACAAGCUGGGAGACUUCCUGGCUUAUCCUUACGUGGACCGCGGCGCUUUCAACUAGCACUGUGUUGUCUUUCUACAGGUGCAACUAGCACUGUGUUGUCUUUCUACAGGUGCAACUAGCACUGUGUUGUCUUUCUACAGGUGCAACUAGCACUGUGUUGUCUUUCUACAGGUGCAACUAGCACUGUGUUGUCUUUCUACAGGUGCAACUAGCACUGUGUUGUCUUUCUACAGGUGCAACUAGCACUGUGUUGUCUUUCUACAGGUGCAACUAGCACUGUGUUGUCUUUCUACAGGUGCAACUAGCACUGUGUUUUCUUUCUACAGGUGCAUCUUAACUAAUCCCAUUUCAUAAGUGAGUUAUUAGCUUUAAUUAUCAAAGCAUUUUUGAACUUCAAUAAUGUUUCAAUUCAUUGAGAUGCACCUGUAAAUGUUAAUAGUUGUCUGUAGAAGG